GUGUUAGCAGCGGCCUACUCUCCAUCGGCCACUCUUAUCAAGGUGGCGCCCACACUUCUGAGCGGCGAGAUGCUGGCUCCCGAAGAGAUCGAGGUUAUAAAGUUGGAAGCGCGCCAGCAAGCGAGAAGAGACGAACUGAAGCGAAAGCAGGCGCAGAAGAAGCCGAAGAAAGAGAAGAAGGAGAAGAAAAAGAAGAAAAAGAGUUCGGAUUCAGACGACUCGGACUCCUCUUCGGGCUCGAGUUCGAGUUCUAGUUCCAAGAAGAAGCGCAAGCAGAAAGAGAAGAAAGCCAAAAAGGCGAAGAAGAAGGACAAGAAAUCAAAGAAGGACAAGAAGUCAAAGUGA